AUGGCAGCAGCAGUUGCCUCCAACGCCGACGUCCAGCAGAUCACAAAAGAUCUGCAGGCGGUCAGCAUCGAUUAUGACAACCUCAACCCUCUCAGCCCCGAAGUGAUUGCCAAGCAGGCUACCAUCAACAUUGGCACCAUCGGGCACGUAGCUCACGGUAAAUCCACCGUCGUAAAGGCCAUCUCCGGAGUGCAGACUGUUCGUUUCAAGAACGAGUUGGUGCGAAAUAUCACCAUCAAGCUUGGUUACGCCAAUGCCAAGAUCUACAAGUGUGAACGAGAAGAAUGUCCUCGUCCACAGUGCUACAAGUCAUAUCCCUCUGACAAGGAGCCUCAUCCAGCUUGUGAGGUUCCUGGUUGUGGCGGGAAGAUGAACUUGCUUCGUCACGUUUCCUUUGUCGAUUGCCCUGGUCACGAUAUUCUCAUGGCUACCAUGUUAAACGGAGCGGCAGUCAUGGACGCUGCUCUUCUUCUCAUUGCUGGUAACGAAUCGUGUCCUCAACCUCAGACUUCGGAGCACUUGGCUGCUGUCGAGAUCAUGAAGCUCCAGCACAUCAUCAUCUUGCAGAACAAGGUCGACUUGAUCCGAGAACAGGCAGCUGAAGAGCACUGGAAGAGCAUUGUCGACUUUGUCAAAGGUACUGUCGCAGACGGCGCACCUAUUGUCCCCAUCUCCGCCCAGCUCAAGUACAACAUUGACGCGGUCAACGAAUACAUUGUCAAGCGUGUUCCUGUUCCCGUUCGUGACUUCACCUCUCCACCUCGAUUGAUCGUCAUUCGAUCGUUUGACGUCAACAAGCCCGGUGCUGAAGUCGAGGAACUUCGUGGUGGUGUUGCAGGUGGUUCGAUUCUUUCGGGAGUUCUCAAGAUCGGUCAGGAGAUUGAAGUUCGUCCUGGUAUCGUCACUAAGGAUAACGAGGGCAAGAUUCACUGCAAGCCCAUCUUCAGCCGUGUCGAGUCGUUGUUGGCCGAACACAACGAUCUUCAAUUCGCCGUUCCCGGUGGGUUGAUCGGUGUCGGUACCAAGAUCGACCCUACUUUGUGCCGUGCUGAUCGUCUUGUAGGUCAGGUUCUCGGUGCGGUCGGUCAACUCCCCGCCAUUUACACCGAGUUGGAGAUCAACUAUUUUUUGCUCCGUCGUCUCCUCGGUGUCAAGUCGGACGAUAAGAAGCAGACCAAGGUGCAGAAGUUGGCUAAGAACGAAGUGUUGAUGGUCAACAUCGGUUCCACUUCCACCGGUGGUAGGGUUAUGAGUGUCAAGGCCGACUUGGCAAAGAUCUUCUUGACCAGUCCAGCAUGUACCGAGGUCGGAGAGAAGAUUGCACUUUCGAGGAGAAUUGACAAGCACUGGAGAUUGGUCGGUUGGGGUACCGUUCGUCGUGGUACCACUUUGGAGCCAGAGAGCAACUGA